AUGGUGGCUCACAGGAGAGAUGUUGUGCAGGAGAUAAAACAGGAGAGGGAUCAGUAUUUGUUGAGUCCAAACCCUCCACCUCCACCAGCAUCUAAGCGGUUGAGUAACUCAAGAGCUGGAUUUGGAGAUACUUACGAUGGAUUUGGUGGAAGUGGUUUUAGUGCAGGUUCUUAUAGAUUUGGCGAAGCCUACAGAGGUAGAGGUAGCAGUUAUGGUGGAUAUGGUGGAAAUGAACUUGGUGUUUACAGUGGAUGUGGUGUGGGUGGUUAUCGAGGUUUUAGAGGGGAUCUUUCAUUGGAAUAUUCCAGCUGUUAUGGGGGAAGCUAUGGUAGAUGCUAUGAUUUAGGUGGCGAGUAUGGUGGGCCUGGUGAGAGUUAUGGAGGAUGUGGAAGAUACAGCGGUGUUUCUGGUUUUUGGGAUGGCUAUGGAGGGGGUGACAACGGCUAUGGAGGUGGUAGUGGAGGUUCACUCUAUGGAAAUAGAGGCUAUGGAGGUGCCAGGAGUGGGGGUAGGUGGCUCUCCAUCUCUUCGAGACUCUAUUCUCUAACAGCACUUGACAAAAUCGUUCAAGAAUCACAAGUUCCUCCUGGGUUUAGAUUUCAUCCAACUGAAGAAGAGCUUUUGCAAUACUAUUUGAGAAAAAAAGUUGAUCUCAAGAAGAUUAAUCUGGAUGUUAUCCAAGAUGUUGAUCUUAACAAACUCGAGCCUUGGGACAUUCAAGAGAAAUGCAAGAUUGGAACGACUCCACAGAAUGAUUGGUAUUUCUUCAGUCACAAGGAUAAAAAGUACCCCACUGGUACGCGUACUAAUCGUGCAACUGCUGCUGGAUUUUGGAAAGCAACGGGCCGCGACAAAGUGAUACAUAGUAACUCUCGACCGAUAGGCAGGAGGAAGACGCUUGUUUUCUACAACGGCCGAGCUCCUCAUGGCCGAAAGUCGGAUUGGAUCAUGCAUGAAUAUAGACUUGAUGAUAACAGCACUAAACCCAACAUUGCAUCAGAGGGGUUAACACAAGAUGAGGGGUGGGCGAUUUGUCGAAUAUUUAAGAAGAAAAAUCAUUAUAAGACCCUUGAUAACACUCGGAUGAUCAUCACUAGUUCAUCGAACGAUCAAAAAUUGUUCAAUUCAUCGGAGGAAGGGACAUUAGACCAAAUACUCAAGUACAUGGGAAGUGCAUGCAAGGAGGAAUUAGGCAUGCUGAUGAACACUAGCCUCGAUCGAGAUAGAUUCAUUCAACUUCCGAGUCUCGAGAGCCCUGAUUACACUUCUCCGUGCAGCCCAAAUUUUAAUCAACCAGCGACUGGUUGUCAAGAUUGGGUAACACUUGACAGGAUGGUGGCAUCACACCUGAAUGGUGAAAAUGAGACUAAUCGUAAGCAGUUAUCUGCUGGUUUUUCGAGUUUUUGCACCAGUUCCAUUGAUGAUAAUGAUCAACGACUACAAUUACAGCAACAAAAUACGGCGUCUUCAUCUUCCACUACGCACUAUGGUACUGAUUCUCAGACGUUGGAUUAUAAUCAAAAUGAUUGUGAUCUAUGGAGCUGCUUAAGGCGAUCAUCUUUGUCACAUUGCAACUUACCAAAUGUACCCCGUCCAUAA